AUGAGUAAACUGGACCUAACUCAUAGUCUCUCGGAGAUCGUGAACAGCAUUGCAAGGUACAUAUCGAAUUGCAAAGGGAAACCGCUACUACUGCGUGUUGUCUCGCCUUCCCAAAUCUCCGAGUACAGUCACCUCUCUGCCUCUGAACAGGCUCAUCGUCAGAAAGCUCUCUCCAAUUUCCAACAACUGCCACGGUUGCAGAAAUGCUCGCCUUCUACAUACAGCUCUCUUUUGAGUAGCCUUUAUCCGACCAAACAUAGUUUGGCUGAACUUAGAGCUCCAGCGACGGCUAGAAGUGAGGUGAACCAUGCUGUGUUGUAUAGAAACUAUUUGAACCUACCUAGUCCUGGAGUUGGGCAUUUACGUGAUACAGAUCUUGAGCCCUUCAUGAGUGAAAUGUUUCGUAGCCGAGCGUUUUCGAAGCCAAAUGUACUCUCCUCUUCCAGUCUAUUCUUGUACAACGAUAAAUACUUAUUGAAACAAUUCAGGAGGGGAAUUGAAUAUCGCUCACAUCAUCUCAAUAGACUAUGGCAGCUUUCAAGAGACAUGGAGGAUGCCCAAAUACCUGUUUCCGACUACGAACGAUGUCAAUUAAUAUUCAUGACUUUCUACCGCGAUAGGCCUGAUAUACGGCGCCAUGUAUUGGGGCUAGCUUCACAAGCUCGUUUGACGGAUCUCGGAAAAACUGCAAUUGAGAUACAAGAGAGCCCUUCGUUUACCUGGGAAACUUAUAUUGACCUCGUUGACCUGGAUCCUGAGCUUGCGAAUGACAUCAAGUACCUAAACACGCUUCUAUUUUGUGCUCUCCGACAUGGUAACUGGAGAGCCGAGCAGCAUAUUUUGUCUCGCAUCGGUGCGGACAAUUUUAACAGGGAGACAUACAAGAUACUUUUAGAUAAUCAUGGUAUGCAUCGGAACUAUGAUUCAUUUGAGCGUCAUUUAAGUGCCCUAGCAACAAAACAUAUUCACCUCUUGGACAUCAAUUUGCUAAACAUAAUCAUUCGUUCUCUUUCCGUGUUGGGUUUGCACAGUUUAGCGACUGAUCUCACGAGUCCAUUCAAAGAGUUCGGGGCUGUUCGAUUGGCACCUGAAGAAAGGUUUUUGAGACAGCUCACGUAUGCCGAUAAAAGAGCUUAUUCAUCGCACUUGAGCGCUCGGGAUCAAUUUGCGGCGAAGGAACAUUUAUUCCUCUAUGCCAACGAGCAUACAUUUCGUCCAAUCCUACAACAUUACUGUGUUGAUGGUGGUACGAUAGAAGAAAUUUCCGAGCUCAUCCAAUUGAUGGAAGAGCAGUGGAAUCUUCAACUAUCUACUCAGGUGUUCAAACUCAUAUUUCAUGCUUUCACCGUUGGCGUACACGACCCUGAAGCGUUGCAUGUUGUUGUUGCAAAACUUCUACAACAACAUGACCUCUACUUUGAUACCCAUGAUGCAUGGAUUCGUGAGAAAUUAAAUGAGACUUCGAUUCCAAACAAUGUCAUAGAGCUCUUAGGGGGACUCAUUGAGAGUAAAGUUCCUGGAGAUGAAAUCACUAGUGAUGGAGUGUUUCUUAAAUUAUCCAAUAGCUUGAUGCGGUUGAUAUUUAAGGCUUAUCACAGCACGUACCAGAACGAUCCAGAGAAAAGAAAAAUAAUCGAAAAUAUAGAGACAAGACUCUGGAACCACCUCGCGCAAACUGCCGCCUCUACGAACAUGACAAGACUGAAAGACGAAGCUACUCCUGCUGAUCUCUAUUCGAGGGAGGAACUAAUUUUUCUCAAGAAAAGCUCUCUUUUGGAGUUACUAGAUAUUUAA